GUGCCUGAGAGGCUCAGCUGAGGGCGACAAACCACAUCAGCUGACAUUACUGCGUAAGAUGACGUCUUCCACUGACGUAUGACUCAACCCGGAACUGGGUGACGUCCCAGAAUAACAAAGAUGGCAGGAAUAGGAAGCAGCAACUACUGGGAAGAUCUGCGGAAGCAGGCCAGACAGUUGGAGAAUGAACUUGACCUGAAGUUGGUCUCCUUCAGUAAACUGUGCACCAGCUACAGCAGCUCCAGAGAUGGACGUCGAGACACGUCAGACACCACCCCGCUGCUCAACAACUCUACCCAGGACAGGAUGUUUGACACCAUGUCGGUGGAGAUCGAACAGCUGCUGGCCAAAUUGACUGCAGUGAAUGACAAGAUGGCGGAGUACACCAACACCCCUGGCACCGCUUCUCUCAACGCUGCCCUCAUGCACACUCUCCAGAGACACAGAGACAUCCUACAGGAUUACACACAUGAAUUCCACAAAACCAAAGGCAACUUCUUGGCCAUCCGUGAAAGGGAAGACCUGCUGGGGUCCGUCAGGAAAGACAUUGAGACAUACAAGAGCGGCUCUGGGGUCAACAACAGAAGAACGGAGCUGUUUCUAAAGGAGCAUGAGCACCUGAGAAAUUCGGACCGAUUGAUGAAUGACACAAUAAGUAUUGCCAUGGCGACCAAGGAGAACAUGACCUCCCAGAGGGGCAUGCUGAAAUCCAUACAAAGCAGGGUCAACACGCUGGCCAACCGUUUCCCGACCAUCAACAAUCUCAUCCAACGGAUCAACCUGCGAAAGAGACGGGACUCUCUCAUCCUCGGCACAGUGAUUGGCGUCUGCACCAUUCUCCUCCUGCUCUACGCUUUACACUGAACACAUCGGCCUGGUUGGAAUCUGAAAAGGAGCGGGACUGAUCUGCUCUUUUGUAGCAAGGGGGAACCCCAGGAGACUGAGCUCAGUGACUGGAGGACCCUGGAGGCUCCCCAGCAGAAGGACCUUCAGUUGGUCCAGUUCAUGGUUGGGGAACAAUUUCAGCCAACUUGAACUACUGAACUUGUAUUUAGCGGCGGGUCAGACGGAGGGCUGGUGGUGGGGCAGUCUUUUGCCAGCGACGGAGAGGGAAACUGAAAGUACAAACUAAAGAAGAUUUUAAACAAUUAUAUUGAUAACUCACCUGGAGAGAGACUGAAGAAAGUGUGAAGAGACUGAAGGAAUUGUGAUGUAUCAUUUUUUUCACAGUUGGAAGAAUUUUUAUUGGAAUGGUCCUUUUUAAUUAAUGGCGUGGGACGGAUUGUUCAUUGUGGGCUGUAAAAUGUGAAUUAAUAAAUUAUUCAUAUCAGUAUGUGCAAAAA